AUGUUCGAAGCUACUCGAAUUUUUCCAAGAUUAAAAAACUUCGAAUCGCUCCGAAAUAAAAGUUUAAACGCCCAUAAAAACUUGUAUCUUCAUAAUCGUACAUACUGUCUUAUCAUCAUUCAAAAAUGUACAAUUCUUAAAAAAGGGAGAAAAAGAAGAAAAAAUAUUUCAAAAGAUGCAAGAAACGUAGUUUUUGACAGAUCGUCGAUAGAUGUCACUCUGAGUCGGCUGCUAUAUUGAUCAAGUUAGAUUUUCUAAGGACGCACGUUGAUAAGAUCUCAGUAUUUGUCGAUUGUAUGAGAAAUUUACUCACGAUAUCAACAUAUCUGUCGGUGUGAUUUUUGUGGAGUUUACCGCCCGCCAUACGUGGUAUCUUAAUUUUUCGCCUAUGACGUCAUUUGUGAAUUACACAAGCGUCACCGCUCAGUCUGUUGUGGAAAAUUUCGUCGAAUAUAUGGCAGCGUCGAGUGAACACUGUUUUUCCUAAUAAACACCGAAAACAAUCUCGAUAUCGGAGUGCAUCGUGUUCACCAGCGGAUACCCUGUUAACCACGAUAUUAUCGUCGAGGAAUCCUUGUUCGGACUGAAAAUAUAGUUACAGUGUUCGGAAGUUAUUCGACUAUUUGCUGUGAUGUCGAUGCAACAGUUCUGUUUACGGUGGAACAAUCAUCAACCAAAUUUCAUUUCGGUGUUUUCAAAUUUGUUGAACAAUGAGACUUUGGUGGAUGUGACAUUAGCUGCUGAAGGCAGACACCUUCAAGCACACAAAGUUGUUUUGUCUGCAUGCAGCACAUAUUUUCAGUCAUUGUUUACUGUAAAUCCGUGUCAACAUCCAAUCGUCAUAUUAAAGGAUGUAAAAUUCUCUGACUUAAAAAUCAUGGUUGACUUUAUGUACUAUGGUGAAGUAAACAUAUCACAGGAUCAGUUACCAUCUAUCAUAAAGACUGCAGAGAGUUUAAAAAUAAAAGGACUUGCAGAAAUGCACACUGCUUCUUUAACCAAGUGGCCAAGUGGUAGUAGUGAACCUGGAGGAGGAGAUCGUGGGGAAUCUUGUUCACCUAGCCCUUCUCCAUUAUCACCAUCCUUUCGCAGAAAGAGAUUAAGAAAAUCAUCGACAGGAUCAACAUCUGGAUCUGGUGAGAAACCAGAAGAAAUGAAUGAAAUCACUUUAGUUGCCACUAAUAUUGUAAAACCAGAACCGUUGAUAGUUUCACAAGAAGGUAGCGAAAGUCUAAGAAGACCUGUUAAUACUAGUACUGAAUCUCAAGGAAGUAUUGAUGAAGAUCAAAUAUCGAUCAUGAGUAACAUGGAGAAUAGUUCGGCAACAACUCCCGCACAAAGUGAUGGCUCAUUACAAGAUGUGAGUCAACAGUCAGGAGGAAACGUUGCACAGAGUACAGUUUCUUCACAACCACCCGCACAUCAGGGAUUGCAAUGGACUAUUAUGGAGCAUACAUAUCCACGUUUCGCUCUGUCCUCGUGUCAAACGAAUCUGUCGAUCCAAGCGUCAUCAGCUUUUACCACGCCCGAAAUAACAGCUUCUUCGACCAUCAGCGAUCAGUACUCUGGUACCAGCACGACUGGUUCCAGUUGCGCCCUGACGAAUUAUCCGAACUCCUCGCACGGGACAUUGCAGCACGCAUCGUCAAGUGGCCCAUCACCGUCGGCACAGUGUCCGAGUAACUGCCAGAGUCCUUGCGCCAGUCCACAGACCGCAAUUAAAAGGAAACGAUCGACAAAUCCGCAGGCAGACGAGAAUUUUAUCAGGGCGUUAGACGCCGUUCGAUACGGCGGUAUAGGGUUCUGUAAAGCAGCCAGGAUGUUCGGCGUGAACAAUCGAACACUUUGGCUGGAAUACAAAAAGCGUGGUUACCCAAACAAUCGACCGAGCUUGAAAUCGAGGGUCAAGCAAGAAGUGAAUUCCUCACCACCGCCAGCCCCGUCGGCGCAGCCGGUUAAUUCGCAGAGUCCUACGCCCAUGGGCCCUCCCACCACCCCACACAGUACACACAAUACCCACAGCACGCAUACCAUGCUAACCACUCAUAGUCCUCAUACGAUGUUAAGUGGUUACAUCGAUAGCAGGCAUACGGAUUACGCAUUGCCCAGCACUACAAUGCCAAUCAAUUUACACGGCGUUAACUACAACGCGAUGUGAGCCACUGGCUAUGACACGCCGAUACCAACGGUCACUUGUAUAGACGAGCUUGAAAAGUAUUAAAUACCGAACAAGCGUGUGGAGGAAGAAUUUUAGAUCGUCAAUACUCAUCCGAAAGAGAAUGCGUAUUCUCUCGUUAAAUGAAGAGAAACGAUACAGUUUUAGAUAUUUUCUUUGCCUAGUUCAUACGUAUCUAUAAAAGUGCUUUUCGACUAACGCAAUGAUCUCGAACAACUGAAAACGUCAGUAUAUCAUAGUUUAUACACUACAGAUUUUUUACAUGAUGGAUACAUGUAUAUUAUAAUGGAAAAUGUUGUCGCUGGAACUCGUUGACUUGUAAUUCUUAACGAUUGUACAUAUUUCUUUCCUGGCUGGUUCAAUCCUAGAAAGAAGCGGAAAUCUUGUCAUCGUUUUGGAAAAACAGGAUCGUGUAAGAGCUAAAUAGAUAAUUUCAUCAGAUACUCGUUGGAAUCAAUUAGAAUAAUAAAUUGCGAGCGAACGAGUUCAGAGUGGACGACGGCAACUCUUUCCCUUCGAGCACCGGAAGUUCCGGCGAAGGGUGAAGAAAAAAGAAAACAAAUUCUGGAACAGGUUCCUUUAGUUUAAAUCGUAUCUUUUGAAAUUUGAAUUACACACGAUUGUGAUAGCGCAGGAACGACCAUAUGCUGAAAGCAUAUACUUGCUAGUUUGUAAUUUCAGAUAUUUAUGGGCGAACUAUUGAAGAUUUUUUAAUUUCAUGUUUUUAUCGAUGCACGAUCGGUCUUCACACGAAUAUCGAUAUAAUCUAAAGUUGGUGGAAUAAUCUUACGCAGAUACGUCGGAAUUAUUUCGCUUUCUAUCAACUUUAGCCUGUACCAUGUCGCGACAUUUUUGUACAUAGUGAAUAAAAGUAGCGAUAGUGAAACAUAGAUCAAGAAUAUAUAAAAAAUACGUAGCCAAUACAUCCUACGGAAUUAACGACUUAUCUACGAGCGAGAAGUGAAACGCAAUGCGUCGUCAAUACAUGUAUUACAAAUAAUUUGCAAUCGUUGAAAAUGAGUAUACAUUUUCUGACGGAUCAUAAUUAUCUGUAAAGAAUAUCUAAACUCGUUUAUAUUUUUUGUAACGAGUAUAACAGCUUUUGUGAAGGUUGCACUGUUUAAAAGAAUUUGUUCAAAAUUUUCGACGGAUUAUUCCGCGUAAAAAAUUCUAUUAUACAGGGUGUUUCAUAAAAUACAUAAUUGUAAGGUUAACUCAAUUAUGAAGCGAAGAAAAUGUCUGUGAAUCCUGGUGAUUCAGUUGAAAAAGUAGUUUACCGCUGUAUCUGCGAUAUCAUGUAACAUUUCAUUCAAAUAUAAUUCUCGUUGUUUUUGCAAUACUGUAAUGUCACGAUAAUUGCCAGAAAAUCAGGUGACACGGCCUGCAAUUAUCGUUUAUAUGCGGGACUUGAUCCUAAGUAUAGAUACGGAUGCGUUGUUUUGUCGAAUGUAGAGGGCGAUAAUGCGAGUGACAGAAGAAGAAAAGAAAAAGAAAAGAACAUAUCUAUUGGUUUAUGUUACAUAAUACUAGCGCAACGAUGAAGUAUUUUUAUCUUUAAUUUUUUAUGAAUAAAACUUCUAUCAAUUGUCAGGUUUUUCUGACUGCAAUAAGAUCAAACACGAUACAA